ACGAACGUUCUGUGUAAACAGCAGUUAUAAAAUCAUAGUGAUUCCACUAAUUUGUUGUGUUUCCUUUCUUUUGCAGACCGAUGUUCUAAGAAGAUUACAUAUAAAUGAAGUAACAUCGACUCGUAUCCUGUUGUAAGUUUUUAAUUUGCCUAAAAUGAUUCAAGACAAGGGACUAUUAACGGGAAUGCUGCGGGCGUCCAUCCUUACGCUGUGUAAGCAAGCUGUGUCUUGUGAAACGAAGUUAAAAGUAGACGGUAUUGUGUGCAUUACACUAGAGAAUGAUUCUCAACAAAUCGUUAUCAAUUUUCACGAAAAUCUUCGAGGGGAGGGUCCAAGAACUAACACUACAACAUAUCCGUUUAAGACAAGGCAGUCUUCGUAUCCAGGACGGACAGCCUCUGAUAUAUCACCUUGUGCCUCUGAUGUGGACAGCCGCGAGGUCCUCUCUGAACCACUGUUCUCCGCGGACUCGAGCAAAAACACAGACCUUUCCUCUGAGAAUGGUCACAAUAAAAUAAAGUCCGAACCAAUGGACACUAAUGACGAUCUACCACAGUCGUCUCCUGCGAGCGAUUACAGAGUUAGCCAAGAAGCAGAGUACGACUCACAGCCUUAUCCACACGUGGCCUAUAACCCAAAGGCUGGUCCAGGUGGUCAAGACGGCGACCUCUCCCAGGACACCCGCAGUAGCUCAGGGACACCCAAUGACCCUCCAAAGUCGACUCAACUCUCACCAGGUUCCACGGAGGUACAGCCACCAAUCCGCUGUAAGCAGUGCGGUGACAGUUUGCCGACCACGCAAGCGUUUGAAGAACACAGCGCCAUGGUUCACGGCACCUUUACGUGUUCGUACUGCCACAAUACAUUCACAUCAAAGCCAAAUCUACAACGACACAUUCGUCUGCACACUGGACAAAAGCCUUAUUCAUGCACACAGUGCCCAAGUCGCUUCAGCCGAAUGGACGACCUGAAAGGUCACAUCCUUAAACACCAGUAUCCGAAACCGUUCCGCUGUAACCUAUGUGGACGAGGUUACACAGACCGGUCGUGUCUCCGAAACCACAUGAGGAAGGAGCACAACAGUACUCUGCUGCAUGUCUGCUCCAAAUGCGGAGAGGGCUUUGACAACACACAGACGAGCAUGGAGCACAAGAAGGUUCACCCGGAGCUACAGCGUUUUCAGUGCAAUAUGUGCACCUUCAUCGGGACGAACCCUCUCUCUCACCACAAACACCUCCUCUCUCACAACUUCAUCGGUAAAUUGUACACUUGCAGAAAGUGCAGCUUACCGUACACUGACCCGUUUGAGUACUCCGAUCAUCUAAAACAACACCGUACGGAUCAGAACUGUAACGCGUUUGCCUGCUGCUUUUGCGACAAAGUACUGCCGUCAUACGACCAAUUUGUCCGCCAUGAGCACAGUCACGUGCAGAACAAAGGUCACACGUGUCACGUGUGCUCCUCACAGCUGAAGACCUCUUCCAUGCUCAAGCUGCACAUGUUAACUCACAACGAUGGCGCGAGUCCUGUAGGCUCAGACGACGACCGGGACGACAGUAAAGGUGGCAGUCAGUACUGGUGCACUGAAUGCAACACGGGCUUUUCUUCCGAAGUCUGUCUUGGUGACCACAUCGCCACUGUUCACGAAAACCGAAGCCCAACAGAGAAUCUUAAGACGAUAGCAAUUGACGAGAUCAAAUCUGACCACAAUCAGAACCAUUACAAGGCCGAAGAGUUUCCGGAUGCUGAGAAACUUGACGACCAUUCAACGUCCGUUGAUCAUCCGCUCGAUAUGAGGACACACCAGCCCAGGCGUUCACCUUAUCCCAGGCGCGGAGUGCGCAGCUCGUACCGGCCAUUGAGUUCACCUCCUCUGUCAUUUCCCUUCAUGACACCUGACAACUAUCCGCCACACCUGAACAUAGAACAUCCCUUUCGGAUGUAUGACGUACCCACACACCUGCCCGCCUCUUUCUUAAUACCCAUGAUGCCAGGUCCUCCUAGGGGCCCUACUGACAGCGUCUCUACCGGAAGUUCCACGGGUGAGUCGCCACCUGCCGUUGACACCACAGAAGAGUCAAAUCAGAGUCCGUCUCCUACAAAUGAACGCAUUACUCAGUCAACGUCAACGUCAACGACGUUUGAUCGAAUCACCACACCCGACGUCAUGUUUAGGCUGCGCAACUCUGUGUUUCGCUGUGAUUUGUGUGAUUCCCAGUUCAACAGUUUCGAGAGCAUAGAAGCCCACAGCAACCAGAAGCAUAAGCGGUACCUUUGCGACUACUGCGGCAAAUCGUUCACGGCCAAACCAAACAGGGACCGUCACGUGCGGUACCACACAGGAGAGCGCCCCUAUCGCUGUGAGCUCUGUAAGCAGUCGUUCUUCCGCGGAGAUGACUUGAAGUACCACCGUACCACCCGUCACUCCAGUCACAAGCCACACCGCUGUACCGUUUGCAGUGCAACCUUCGCCUGGCCAAAAGAUCUAGACCGCCAUAAUCGGACCCAUGUGUAGAAUGUUGAUCAUAUCAAGACACAAACCGUAUUGUGUCGUUCAUUUAUUCGAAUUAUUCUCAGGACUUUUGGUGAAUUAAAUGAUCACAGCGAAUUUGGUAGCUCAAAUAUCCUAAAAAAGAAAUAAGGAAAAAGCUGUGGCAAAGAAAAUGACUUUCAUGUGUCACAGAGACUAAAAACCUCUUGCAUUAUAACAUUGUGUAAUAUUUAUGCUUAGACCUUUAGUCAACAAAAGGUUGCCCUGAUUAAAAAUAUAGCUUUGCAUUUAUAGAUUUGAAUGUUCAUGUCCAUGCCUGUAAUAUGUUUUCCUAUGUUCUUUUUAAAACCUGUUCAAUUCGAAAAUAUUUGUUAGAUGUAAUGGUGCUAUAGAACUACAUUAUAAUGAAAUAAGUGUCAUAAUAACUCCUGAUUGUGGAAAUCGGAAUCUUCCAGAAAAGUUAUAGAGUUAAACAUGAUUUUAGUAUUUUAUGCAUUAAUCUAUGACUUUGUUUUAGCGAGAACAGAAGUACGUUUAUUUUUUUAAUACAUUUAACGCGGGAAAUUUGCUAUCUGUCAUUUUGCAUGACAGUUUAUUGGUCGGCAAUGGUCUCCAAUGAAUAUUCCAGGCAAAUGCCUACUGCAGUUCUUAACGUUAUGGGUAUAUUUAUAUCUUCAUGAAAUUUGUGUAUUUCUUUACUACCUUGAAUAAUUUUUUUGAUAGUUUUGGGGUUUAAAAUCCAAGCAAUUGUCCUUGCAGCCAAUUUACUAAUUUAUGACAUUAUUGCUUGAUUGUCUUUGAAUUGACAGUAUAUGUAUAUUUUUUUAGGUUAGAUAUGCGUUAUACAUUACUUUUGCCAGCAUUGAAUGUAUAGAUUCGAAAAGAUGCAUUUCAGUACUUCAUCUAUUUCUGAAUAUUUUAAAUUUAUUGAUUGAACUUUAUGCUCAACAUGAUAAUACCUCUUCUUGGGUCUCAUAUUCUACAUACUUGCCAUAUUUGUUUGUAAAUUUGUAUAUUUUUAUCAAAAUUUCUUAUGUGCCAUCGUUGCCAAUUGAUGGGUGCUCAUUAAAUGGAAUUCCUGGUGAUAUUAUUUGAGAAUACUUAAUUUGGAAUUGCACGUGUCAUCGCGCAAGUCACUUUAAAACACAGGCUACUGUAAUUCAUCGUUUGGGUUUCAGUUGCCAUUGUUGAUAAACCACCCAUGAAAUGUAGCCAAACGUUGGCAAAGAGACAGAGAGAUGUGUGUUUUAAUGGGUAUUUAAUGAGACCCCAGCCCCAGCAAACUUGUAGUGCUAAUGCUAAGAAACGAGUGUAAACGACAUGUUCGGUUCACUUUAAACAUUUUUUUACAAUUUUUUUUUUUGAAACUCGUUUGCGAUGUGCCGAAAGAAAGCACGUCAUGGAGUUCUAUGGGCAGUACCAUUAACAACAGCUAUGUAAUAGCGGAAGAUGCUGCCUUAUUAGUCGCCUGCAAAUCACACAUACAUUAAAGCAUUUUACAAGCUUAUUUCAUUUUUAAAUUCUGCCGAAAAAAAAAACAUAGUCCUAGUUUUUUAUAUGAAACUGCUAUCCUAUUAUUGUGAAUAGCUGGUGUAAUUUGUUGGCAUAAGGAAAACGCCGGUGAAAUGUACAACAUUGUUUACCGGUAAACCUAUUGUCUUUUGUUGCGCAAUAAAACUGAA